AUGGUCGCCCACAUCCCCUACGGCAGGCAGCUGGACAAGAACACGCUCGAGGGCAACCUCCCCGUUUCCACCCAGGUUUCCCGCUGCCCCCCUCAUCUCGUCUCAUCCCCACAUCCCUGUCCGCCCACAUCCCCCGUGUCAGGCGGCUGGACAAGAACACGUUUGAGGGCAACCUCCCUGCAGCUGGACAAGAACACGUUCGAGGGCAACCUCCCUGUGUCCCUGGGCAGGCUAACAAAUCUUACGUCCCUGGACCUAGCAGCCAAUCACUUUACAGGAUCUAUACCAGCUGAACUGGGCAACCUCGUCAACCUGCAGUACCUGCAGCUGAACGACAACUAUCUCACGGGCUCCAUCCCGGCCUCCUUCUCUCAACUCGACCAACUGCAGUGGCUGCAACUUGGCAACAACCAGCUCUCGGGGCAACUGCCUGCUGGAUUCGUCGCCUUCCCCGGUCUCACUGGCCUUUGGAUAGACAUGCAGCACACGUGCCCGCCAGACAACACCGGCUGUGGGCAGACCCGCCCCUUCCGCAACAACACCUUCUGCCUGCAAACCUGCCCUUCCUUCUGUGACACAUGCAUUCCCAGGAAGCUUCCCGCCCCUCCUCCCAACACCACCACCACCAUUGGCACCAGUACUGGUGCUCGUGUGAACGCAACUGGUGCUCCUGUUGCUCUGCCUCCUCCUUCCGCUCCUGCGGCAGCUUCUACACCUAAGGGUGCAUCGGGUGAUGGUAUCAGAUGCAGUAGCAGCUUAGUGCUCGGGUUUGCUCUAGUCCUACUGGCACUCCUGUGA